GAAGUACGAUCUAUGGUAUAUAUAAAUUAAUAUAACCAAGUAAAACAAAUUUUUUUGAGAGAAACUUAUGGUAUUGGUAGAUCUUAUAUUUGUAUUUUGUUCAGUACUUUCGUAAGAACAUAAAAUACAUUUGUAAACAGAAACGAGCAUCAUGUCGAUCGGAGUACCUAUUAAAGUACUUCACGAAGCAGAAGGACAUAUAAUAACAUGCGAAACGAACACCGGUGAGGUAUAUCGUGGUAAAUUAAUAGAAGCCGAAGAUAAUAUGAAUUGUCAAAUGCAAAAUAUAACAGUAACGUAUAGAGAUAAACAAAUUGCUCAAUUAGAAAAUGUAUAUAUUCGUGGAUCCAAAAUAAGAUUUUUAAUAUUACCGGACAUGUUGAAAAAUGCGCCUAUGUUUAAAAGGCCAGGUGGUAAAGGUUCAGGUACCGCGGGCAGAGGAAAAUCCGCUAUUUUACGUGCUCAAGCUCGUGGAAGAGGUCGUGGGCAAAACCAAAGAGGGAGAGGUACAGGUUCUGCACCUUGGUUAAAUCAACAAAAUCAACCAGGAGGAUCACAACCUGGAAGAGGUCGUGGAUAAUCAUAGUAAUAAUUCAAUCAUAUACAUUAAGAAAAUAACAGACUUAUAAAUAUAUUAAAUCAUUUUGUACUAUUUGAAAUACCUUUCAAAAUGUAGAUGAACUUUUAUGCAAAAAAUCAUUUGUAUUAUUGUAUCUAACAAUAAAGUGUGGAACAACAUAA